AUGUCUAGUGAGGGCUCGGUCACGUCCACGGCCUCCCGAAUACGUCAGUUCGGGUUGUACAGGACUAUUGACGCGAGGACCGACGAGUUUCUAAGGUCAUCCAGACGAAGGCAAAUAAGACAAGGAUGCGCCUGCGCAGCUAUUUCUACGGCGAUUACGGUUACCGUUGUUGUUAGUGUCAUAUUGGUGUAUGAAUAUAGUAUAAACUCAGAGUCAAAUGUAAAUAAAAAAUUAACAGUAAAACCAAAUUGGCUCGGUUUGAUGAACGAGAGCGACACAACACAGUCGGACAUGAAAUUCGAAAAGAAAAUAAAUUUCGAUAGAACAACCCUAAAACUAUUGCCAAUAUUAAUAAAAGCCUUGAACAAAAACAGAUAUUUAGAGAAAAUAAUUGAGGACUAUUCAAGUUCAAGUCCACCUUAUGAAGAAGGAAAUGAAACAGAAAACUAUUUUCAAAGGAAUGUAUUUUCUAAUUCGAAAAAUUGGCUAAAAAUGCCAUCAUCAAAAGGGUAUACUAUUGAUCAUAAAAGUUCACCGUCAUUAUAUACAAGACGGCCUACUGUAUAUUCAGAUUAUCUAAGUAGAAUAAGAAAGCUUAGAAAUUAUAAGAGGAUGUUAAAUAACUUUGAUAAAGUGACAAGUGAAAGAACAAGUUAUCCUAAACCUAGUCAAACACCAAAGACUAUCUUUGCUUAUACCUCAAAGCCUUUGAAAAGUGUAACUCAUCGCAUGAAACCAAAUAAGACUAAACCAGUUAAAUCCACUAUGAAGAAUAAGUCUAAUGGUGUUAAAAUUAGUGACGUAAUGGUAGAAAAUUUAUCCAACAAAGGUAAAAAUGUGAGUAAACCGGUGCCAACAUUUCCAGAAAUAGAAAAUAAAAAGCUAAAUAAGCAUAAAGGCUAUUGCAAAUGCCCAAGAGAUAUGGGAAUAUUACUGAAUAAAUUGAUACAGAGUAUAAAAGAGAUGAUUCCAACAAUGACCAAUAAAAACCAAAGUUAUAGCUCCUGUCCAAAUAAAGAAAAAAAGGAAAGAAAUAAAAAAAAAUCUAUAAAAAAGUCAAGGAUACAUGAAGAUAUAACAAUAUCAACUACGCAGCAAGCUAUUACAAAAUCUACAACUUUAAAAAUCAUAAUAAAACCGAUGAUACCAGUUGCUAUGAGAGAAGGAGUCUAUGAUACUAUAACAGAACCAGUAAACGUAAAAAAUAUAACAACUCCACAUACACAAAUAGACAUAAUAGAUCUACCUGCUUUCAAAUUUGAUCAUGAUAUUACUACAGAACUUACUACAAUUUCUUCACUCAAUACUUCAACGUCCGAAAGUAUUACUUAUGCAACUGCUAGUAAUCUUGAUAAAAAAUAUCCUACUGGAAUAGCAAACAAUCAUAAUGUUUACAUUAACACUAUACAAGCGCACAAAAAUAUUUUAGAACAAAUACCAAUGUAUGGAACUUACGACCUUAAAGAUUUGAACUAUGAAAUCAGCACUAGUGAUGCAGAAGACAAAUCGAUCUCUAAUAAUAUUAAUAAGAAAUCAAGUACCACCACAGAGUUGAUUAUGCCAUUAAAAUUAAAUUCUCAUUCUAACGAAGGCUCACUUAGUUCAGAGCAUUUCCUCGAUUCAGUAGCCGUAGUGUCUAACUACAAGCACCCAAUAAGACCUUUGUUAAAUGAUAAAGAAUAUGAGGACUAUCUUACUACACAGGGAACACCCAAUGAUUUUGAUGAUUUGGAUGUACACAGUUUUGAAUUGGUGAAAACAAAAAAUGUUAUAUCAUCUCCAACUAAAUAUGAACGAAAUAGGUUCAGAAAUAAUAUGAAGAAAGUACCAAUAACCUCAAGAAAUUACCACCCAGUUGCAAAAUCUAAGGACACAGAUCAAAUAAAUAUGAGAAAAAUGGCUGAUCUUAUCAACAUUCCAAAAACAAUGAUAGAUCAAGAAAACGCACGCAGAUUAUCACUAGUUUAUGAAGAUGAAAGCUUUGGCAACACGAAUUUUAUAACAAGAAAUGACGAAGAAACAGGGCUAUUGAAAAAUAUCAUUAAGAUAUCGAAAUCUGAAACACUUUCUAAAAUAUCUCAUCAACCACUAUCCAAAACUGAAUCUACGCUCUUACAGGCACCUGAUGGCGAUCAAAAUAAUGAAAAUACAAAUGAAGAUGAAUUCCAAGAAGAGUGGACCAAAAAUACUGAAGUUACAGAAAGUAGUAUUAAGUAUAAUAAGUCGAUUUUUGAUGAUGAACCACAAACAUCUCAAAACAACUAUGAAAGUAAAUCUCAUGAUAAAAUUAACUCUGUAAAGUCAAUGCUGCCUGCAAUACGGCCAGUUUACCUAGAGAUACGACGAAGUAAUGAUUGGAAAACUGAGGACCACACUGAUUACGAUGUAAUUCUACUUAUCUACGAAUACACAAUUGCUGUAGAGUGGACCUUAGUACAAAAUAAGAACGAUAUAGUUACAGAAUCUGAGAUUUUUAAAAAUCAGCCCAUUGCAGACAGACUAGACCGAACUGACUUUGGAUUCGACCAAGAAUAUUUUGAAAAGAUGCCACUACUAAUUAAUGCAUUACAAGAAAAUAAUUAUAUAGAUCCAACAUUAGAAAUGACUGAUCUUCUUGGUAAAAAAAAACAUAUAUUUGCAACUGUAUUAAAAACAACAACUAAACCAACUUUGAAAACCAGUGCUACGAGAAGAACGAUCCCCAGACCUUUUUACUUCAAAUACAGAUAUCCUACUCCAUUACCAUUUAGUAAAACUUAUGGUUCGAGGUCAUGGGUAGAAAGAUAUCGCAAUGAAGAAAGGUUAAAAAAUAUUCGUCAAAUUAUUAAAUAUUUAGAGAAUAGUAUUCACGCAAAAGUGGGAGAUAUGCAUGCUAAGUCCACAGAACAGCAUGUAGAUUUUACAGGGCUUUCUACAGAAUCUAUGCCCGAGACUAAUAAUGAAGAGUCAAAUAAGUCAGAUUUGGUGCCAGCCAGUUCAGAUAUAAAAAAACGUUAUUUGAAUCAUCUAGCAGAUCCACUCUUCAAUUUCAAACCUGAAAAUCCAGGAGACGUGAAUCUGUUAGCUGACAAGUUUUUAAGAUUUGCUCCUGUAGCGACUCCGGACAUUACUAGCAAAACUAAUGAAUAUCCCAUGUUCCGGCAGAUUCCGUUGAAAAAUAGGAAUUGUCAUGGUAACAAAUGCGAAGAAAUUAUAGAAGGUAACAAUAAAUUAUUUCCACGUUCCACUAUCAUAAAUCAGACCGAGACACCACCUCUUAGUACUACCAAAUCAUUUAGUGUCAUGCUGAAUUUGUUUCCAAUAAAAUCUAAAAGUGGAAAUUUAAAUCAGGAUAUACUAACAACUACCCAAACUUUAGAUAAAAUAUAUCUUACGACUUCUCGUCCGUUGCUACAAUUUAAAAGAAAAUCAAAUGUGUCUAUCAGACGUAUUUACACUCCAUAUAAAAGACCAAGAUAUUUAAGUGAUUUAAUAAAUAAAGAUUCAAAAUCAAAUAAAACUAAAGAAACUGUUACGCCAGGCACCCAAAUGAUAUUUGAUGUAAAAGCGUAUAAUGAACAUCAAGUGAAAAAUGAAAUCAGUGAGAAAACUUCUACUAUAAGUAUACCUUUAAUGCAGACAAAUCCAUAUACAACAAGAGCUCCUAUAGAAUUUUCAACUUCACAAAUUGAAGACUACCAUGUAGGCAGUUCAGGUUAUAUACCAGUGCCAAACAAAACAGACAAGUCUCUUCCUAAGAUAACUACAAUGCUUAACUUUUUUGAUACAACAACUGAAUAUUCGAACACCGCAAGGACACAAACUAGUUCAGCAUUUAAAUUUAACAUACAAGAUGCAAAAGUGCCCAAUCAUUACCUUAACUUAAACACAAAAGUUAAUAAAGGAAACAUAAAUAGAAGAAACUCUAUGGGGUUUAUUGACCACGAAGAGUUGUUUAAACAAAUCAAUGAAAAUCUUAAACUGAAUGGCAUUAAUUUAAGUAACCCUAUUGAUACAAACGUUGAAAAUAACACACUAAUAGUAAAACUCAAGAACAAUUACACUAAUAAUGUAGCGGAGUCCACAGAAGCAAACACAGAAGAAAUAACAACAUCUGUUAAUACUUAUGUUCCUCACAUAAAUGGACAUUACAGAAGCAUUAAUCAAAAUUCAAGAAACGUUAAUGAAUGGCUAAAUGACGAGCCAGAAAAGGACAGGAAAAAUCGUUUGCAAAAUGUGGUAUCAGAUAUUCGUCCUUACGUUCCCAUGUAUGUCGAAAUUAUAAGAAACAAUACUAAGACAUCAAACAUUGGAGAUACCGUUACUACUACACAAGAAACAAGAAAAGUAAUCAGUACUGGACCUACAGGACCUACAUAA